UCGAUGUAUCCUUGGUUCUGACCCAGAGCUCCUCUUAUUGAUGCCAGGACCGCUUUAGAACAAAAUAAACGGCGGCCAGUGCUUAAAGGGGAUUCCCAUCUCUCCCCAGUGUCUGGGGUGGGCGUGAGGGCGCUGUAAGUGGUCUCAGCCGCUGAUGACAAGCCGGAUUGUGACGCCUGGGCGGGGAAGCGGAGCGCCAGAGAGAGGGCGGCAAGCCUGCGGGGAUGGCGCCGGCGGCGGCCCGAAAGUCCUCUGGGCCUCUGAAGGAUCUUCUUCGCCGGGCGGGGAUGGGAGAGUCUCCCGCCGCUCUUUGCCCUCCGCAGCAGUAACAGCAGCCGCCGCCGCCGCCACCAUGUGGGCCGAGCCGAACCAGAAGGACUCCCUGGAGCUGCCGCCGGCAGGGCAUCGAGUCGCCCUAAGCUCCGCCCACCCCGCCGGCGCAGGCUCCAGCGACGGCUCGGAACAAAGCUUGUCUCCUGGCUCGUUCUUCUCGCGCUUGUCCCUGUCGGCGCUUCUUGGCUUGCCCGGCGGCCCCCAACACAGCCCGAGUGGCUCCAGCAUCAAGCCCAAGGCCGAGAAGGCCCGCUCGCUCCUCAGGAUGUUAAUGAGAACUCAGAAAACGGAUGAAUCUGUAGCUGAUAUUGCUGUUGAUGUUCAUAAUUUAAUUCCUUGCGGUGAUGUGGUUGGUUUGCUGGCUAUUAGUGUGAAGCAGUGCAGGGAUUUCACCCCCAGAUUCAAUGUUAGGCGUGACACCUACUUACUGUUUCGAAUUAGUAUUGACAAAAUCAUGAAAUGCACAAAUCCUCAAAUUUACAAAGCAGGCCUAAAGAGCAGCAAGAAGAACAGUGCAAUUAAUUUCGGAGAUGUGAGAUAUUUUUCUGUAAAGGUUCCAAAGCAAAGAAGAGAUCCUAGGAAUAGAAUUGUUAUAGAGCUGGUAGGCUUUGAAAGUCCAAAAGACUUUCCGAGGCUGUUUGGGAAUGUAACUAUGCACCUUUAUGAUGUAAUACAGAAGCAGUCCUUCACUGAAACAUUUGCGAUGAGAAUUAGAAAUAUGGUUUUCUGCACAUUAGAGGUAGAAUUUAUGUUCUGUUAUGGAUGCCUUGGAUAUGGAUAUUCGCAUCAGCUUAAACUGCCAGGCACAGAUCCUGCCAGGGCUGUGGCAUAUUCCAUGUUUCUGCGGGUUCCACCACCAGAAGACAGAAAAGAUCGUUUAAGCAAUGUCAUCAAGCCACAGCAAAUGGAUUAUCCUGCCUUCUUAUCUCCAGACCUAAACGUUACCGUUGGGAAUGUUGAGCUGGAGAAGCCUAUAGAAAUUUCAGAUGAGUACGACAGCCUUCAGAGGGCUUUGCAACUGCCACCCAAACCGAGACUGGAGAAAAUGAAACAGGAAUAUCGGAAUCUGAAAACAUGGCCUGAAAAGGCUGACUAUUUAGACCAACUGAUCUUGAAAAGGGGACCUAAAACAAGAACUGAAACAAAGGCCUCUCGCUUCAAGGAGCUUGUUGGGAGGGUGGCUGCUAAUCCUGCUCUGAGAAAUACACUUCUUCAAUCACGAACACAAGCAAUGACACAAGAAGAAAAAACAAGCACAACUGAGAAAUGGGCAAAUGCUCCACCGGAGGCUAGGCCUAUACUUCCGAUAACACCCACACUAGUGCCAGGCCCUAAAGAAUCAGUCACAAGAAGGACUCGUAGCCUUGCUGAAGUAGAUGAAAAAUCUCAUCUUGUUCCAACACUGACGAUAACAUCUAGCACCACCAUUUGUCCAGCAUCUUCAAAUGGCACAGAACACCCGCAUGCAAAAAUUGUAAGAGAAAACAUUCGCCAGGAGUCUGAAACUUCUCUCUCCAGUUCUGGUGGAAUCACAGAGACAGGGGAUUCGGAAAGCCCAGCUUUUGAGACCAAAGCGGUAGAUGAAGAACUACUCAUCCCAGCAGUGCAGACUGCCCCUGAAAUUUCAAAGCAGCGUUUUAGGUAUGAAGUUGCAGAUGAGAUUGUGGUGCCUAAACCAUCAGAUUCAGUUGCUGAAUCAAUUGAGGAAUUGCCUUGGAAAGAGCUUGGGUUCCGGAAAGCAAUAUUUAGUGGGAGCAAGUUUGAGCCUUUUUUGCGACACAUGGGUAGAGUACCAGCUCCGUUUCCUAGUAAAAGCAAAACAAGUGAAGUGUCCAUGUUUGGUCAUUUAGAAAAAUCAUACUCAUCCAUCUAUAUCAAAGAACAAGAAGAUCAAGAUCCACCUCAUGGGAUGUCUUCAACAGAAACAGACAGUAAUUCAGACACUAAGCUUAAAAGGAGUGGUGAGCAACUUUCUAUACUAAGACUCAUAGAAAGGAAAAUGGAGCUAGAAGAGGAAAGCCAACAACUCCUCAAGCAGGAUGGUGAAGAACCAAAGGCUGUACAAAUGGAUUUUUCUAAGAAGUCAUCUGGAGAGGAACUAUCAGAAGCAGAAGUAAAACAGGUUCACAUUUAUAUUAGGAGGUCUCUUGAAGAUUUUCUUGUAGAUAGGCUUGUAAAAGUAGUAGCACUGAAAUCACUUAUAAGCAAAAACAUUGAAAAUCUUGUUGCAGAGAAAUUCUCUGAAGCAAAUAUAGAAGACUUAGAUGACAGCAGCCUGCCAAAUGCUGUGGAAGGCUCUGCAGCUGGUAGUCAGAAGUGUUUACUUGGGGAAAGAAAGCCUUUGGAGCCAGACAUAAGAAAUCUGAAAGCCAUUGUGAGUCAACAGUUGCAAGCUCACCUUAUAGGGAAAUUGUCUGAACAGGGGAUAAUCCCAGAUAUAGGGCUAGCUGAGAAUGGCCAGAAGGUUUCUUUUCCAAGUUCAGGUGAUUUGCUCAAAAGAAGGAAAAGUUUGUCCAAGGAAAGAACUUCACAGACUGAAAUAUUAACUAUAAAAUCGCUCAGUGAAAAUGAAUCAGGAAAUGGUUGUAAAACAGAAAGCAAAAUCGAGUAUGAUAAAGAGAUUUCAUCUCUGAAAAGCCAAAGUAGUUCAGUAGAAAAAACAAAUGCAAAGGUAGAUUUAAAAAAGGAAUAUUCCAAACAAUCACUGGAAAUCAUUAAGGUGAAGUUCUCUUCAAGCACAGAAACAGAUUUAAAUAAGAAAUUGCAAGAUGAAAUUAAACAACAGCUUUCAGAACCAGAAGGAAGUCCCAAAUCAAGCAAAACUGUUAAUGACACUCUCAUAGAAAAACUUUUAAAAGCAGAAAUAAUUAGUCUAAAAUCAUGUUUAAGCAAAGGGCUCCAAGAUCACCUAAAUGAUAAACUUUCAGAAACUGGAUUAAGUAUCAAAGAAGACUUGGAACCAGAGAGCUGGAAGUUGUCCUUAAAAGGGGAGCCCAAAAUGGCACUGGAGAGGGAUUUACUUGAGAGGCGCCAAGUUGAGAAAGGCCUUGCAGAAGUAUAUGCAACAAAAGAUAUGCCCGUGUUAAGUAAAAGUAUUCAAAGCUUUAUGUUGGAAGCACUUUCAGAAAGUGAAAUUGCCAAUCUGAAUUCAGUAUUGAGCAAAAAGAUCCAAGACCAUCUUUUAGAUAGACUUUCAGAAAUAGGGUUGAUUACUGAGAAAGAGUUAGAGAAAAUACUUGAAAAUUUGUUGUUAGUGAUGGCCAAAGAAGCACCACCAAAGGGACUUAAAGGACCAGAUUUACCCAAAGAGGCAGAACUUUCAGCUUCCCCCAUGACUCAAAACCUGCAAGAUAGGUUUACAGAAGAAGAACUUACAAAUCUUAAGUCUCUCUUAAGCAAACUUCUGAAAGAAGACCACAGAGAUAGACUGUCAGACUCAGAAGUAAAAGGUCUAACAUCAAUUUUACAGAAAAGCUUUGAGGAUCUUCCAGUACAAAGCAGUUCUGAAACUGGGAUAAGCAGAGAGGUAGAGAUAAAAGAUGAAUGCCAUAGUAUAUCUUUGCCAAAUGCUGAGGAGAGUUCAUCAAGAGGUACUAUUGUAGGUAUAUCUGAUAGGAGAAAAGAUAGUUCAAAAGAGAGUGACAUUUCUUCAGCCAGUGAAAAGCAUAGCUUAAAGCUAGGCCCUUCUAAAAACAGUAUUUUUGAAGUGGAAAUGGAUAGCAAAGAAACUCAAACCAGUGGUUUAAUGUUUCCUCCAAAAAAAGUGAAACACAGUUCUAAAAAAGAAUGCCACCGGUUGCAGAAUUACCCUGAUAAACAAGACAUGCCAAAGUCAAAGAAAGGGUUUGAAACAGUACUCAAAAGCAAGCCACCAGAUGAAACUUUUAAGGGUGUAUCUGAACCAUAUGCCUCCUCAUCUUUUUUGAGUGCUCAUGAUAUUGGUGUUCAAACUGAAAUCAAAAGCUUUUUCUCUAAGCCUCCAAAUUAUCUCCCCAAGCCUCCUUUUCCAGUAAACCCUCAGACUUUUCGCUUUUUACAUUCAGAGUCCGAAGAAGAAGCAAAGUUGACAAGCAAAGUUCAUCAAAAGCCAAAAGCCAAGAAGAAGUCUGACAGAUCUAAGAAGGACGCAGGGUCGCACCAUAUGCAAUCAGCUGUGUCAAAUGCACAAAUCAGGAGGGAAAGGAUGACUAGUGAAAGUUCAUCUAGGGAGGCUUUAAAAGAAAGAGGCAAGAAACGUGUUGAACCAUCUUCUCCCAAACUGAGCGCUACAGAAAACCGGAAGGAUUCAAAAAUAAUGGUAAAAUCUGAGAAGAAACGUGAUCAUGAGGCCAAACCCAAAAAAUCACUUAGCAGGACUUCUGCCCUGUCUGACCCACAGCUGCAAAACCUGGCAAAAAAUCUUUCAGAAAAAUCAUCUUCAACUAAAUUUCCAGGUUCUGGACGUGCAAAAGGAAACACUCCGAAUCCUGGAGGCACAGAAGAUAUAGAUGUUGAAACUUUUAAGCAUCUUGAAAAAGCAAUAGAAAGAGCUCUUCUUGAUUUAGGGAGGGCUCCAGAAGGUGGCCUCAGCCAGGCGUCGCAUUCAGCCAGACCAUACACUUCUCCAAGUUCUGCUUUCUUGGUUAAAGAGACAUCCAGACCACUUUCUACAAAUUCCUCUGCAUUCGAGAAUCCAAGAAAUCCUACAUUCUCAAUAUUGGAGAUGCUGAACAAUGAAGACCAGAUCUUAAAAAUGACACCUGACCAGUUGGAAGUAGUACUUCGAAUUCUUCAAAAAAUAUUGCAUCAGAACACAAAAUCCCCAAAUAAUGGAUGAAUGGAAACCAUCUGUGUCAAAACCAGCUAUUUGUGUACUUGUUAUAUGUUUGCCCCCUGCCCAUUUAAUGAUGAAUAAAGCCCUCUUUGUAUUUA